AUGCAGGCCGCGGCUGCCGGAGACGGCAAGGGCGGUCCGCUGGCAAAGCUGCGGGCGAAGCUGCCGCCCCCGGCCGAGCUCAAGAAGGUGACGCCGCUCGGCGCCAUGUUCUUCUUCAUUCUGUUUGCGUACACGAUCCUGCGGGACACAAAGGCGGGCCUCUCGCUGCCCCUGCUUCGCCUGUUCCCUGCCGCCGAUGUGCUCGUCGUGACGGCACCGGGCUCGGGCGCCGAGAUCAUCCCCUUCCUGAAGACAUACGUCAACCUGCCUGGCGCAAUCGGCUUCACCGUCUUUUACUCGUGGCUCUCGAACAAGUUCUCGCAGCAGCAGGUCUUCACCGGCCUCGUCUCCACCUUCAUCGCCUUCUUUACCCUGUACUCGCUCUUCGACCCGUGCAAGGAGAUGGCCUACAUUCCCCUCGACGCCGAGGCCAAGACCAAGGGCAAGGCCGCGGUCGACGUGAUCGGCAGCGAGCUCCGCGCGGACCGCAGCUCCACCCGCAACCCGCUGGGCAAGUCGGGCGGGUCGCUCCUCCAGCAGGCCAUGAUCUUCAGCGUCGGCUCGCUCGCCGCGUCGACGCCCUACCUCGCCGGCUGCCUCUUCGUGAUCAUCGCCGUGUGGCUCCGCGCCGCGCGGUCGCUCAACACCCAGUUCACCGCCGCAAUGGCUGAGGAGGGGGCCGAGGCUUGA